CACGUUGAUGAACUUACAUAGGAAGCAGCGAAUUAUAUCGAGAGUGUGAUUGGAACGGAAAUUGACUCAACAAGUCAAUUCCUUACAUAGUUAUAAUAUAUAUAUCCUCCUCGCCCCUUUGCGUAUUGAGGAGAAACUCUGUGAGAAGAAGUAUGGGGGGUAUGGCAAAGCUAAAGAUAGCAGGGGCAUGGAGUGGGGUGUUGGAGGUAGAGCUGGAGGAGUGGACGGUGUCUAUGCUUAGGGAAGAGGUUAUCCGGCGAUCGGGCUGCGUUGCGCCGCCGGAGACCAUAAACCUCAUCUGUGCUGGAAAAUUGCUGAAAGACGGAGACGGUACGGAGAAGCUCACCCAAUUGGGCGUCAAAAAUAAUGCGAAGGUUUUGGCCUCCAAGGUUUCUCCUGAUCGUGGCAAGUCCUUCAAGGAGGAAUCUCUGGCUGAAGAGGAACGCUCUUCUAGACUUUCAAGGCUCAAGACUGCUGCUAUGUCAUUGGCCCAGAGACAUACAGAAGGUUCAUUACCUGUAGAAGACUUUAACCUAGAACUUGAAAAUCAGAGUGGAGAAAAACUGCAGUUUGGAUCUGAUACUGACCAGCGGGCUAUAAUGAUGGGUCUCAUGCUUCAUGCAAAUGGCAAAGCAUUGAUCAGAAAGCAACAAUAUAGAGAGGCACUUGAGGUUCUCACCAUGGGGGAGGAGGCCUUCUCUCUUUGCAAUCCUAAAGUUAUUGAGAUGGUUGAUAAUGUAGCCAUUCUGCAAAUAGAUUUGGUGUGGUGUUACUUUAUGCUCCAAGACAUCAGCUGGCUCUCAGUUGCAGGCAUCCGCCUUGCAAAAGCCAGGGAAGGGCUUGAGCGUGCUCAUGGGAAGGAAGCUAGUCGUGUUAGACUUCUUCAAGGGGGGCGCUAUCCUGAGAUUUCCCUACAUGUAAGACUGGAGCUGUUAGAAGGAGUCGUUGGAUAUCACAGUGGUCAGUUUGAAAAAGCUAGACAGUCUUUGAGUUCUGCACAAGCGAAAUAUUUCCAGCUUCAAAUUCCAGAUGAAGCACUGUCGCUACUUUUGAGCAUGGGCUAUAAAGAAGGUGAUGCAAAGAAAGCACUGCGUAUGAACAAUCAAGAUGUUCAAAGUGCUGUUAAUUUUCUUGUUGAGGAGAAAGAGAAAGCAGCAAGCAAACGGGAUGAGGAUCUUCGUAGGCAAAGAGAGAUCCUGGAGCAAAAGUGUUAUGGAAUGACUCCUCUCAAAAAAGCUGUCAAUCUCCAGUAUCUCUAUGAAUUGGUUUCAAUUGGGUUUGAGAAAGAGCUUGCUGCAGAAGCGCUUCGAAGAAAUGAAAACGACACACAGAAGGCCCUGGACGACCUGACUAAUCCAGAAGCUAAUUCUGCUAUACAGCUUCACAUCGAGUCAAAGAAAAAGAAAAGGCUGCGUCAAGAAGAAAAUGCUACAAUUGAACAGCUUGUAGCCAUGGGUUUCCCAAGAGAAAGAGUGGUGACAGCUGUCCGAACUUUCGGCACAAGACAAGCUGCACUAAAUCAUCUACUCGGGCAAUCCAAUAGCAGUUCUGCAAUGGUUACCGAUGAAAGUGCUUCUUCAUUGUCCAAUAAUGGCGGUGAAGAUGGGAAUCCUCCCAUACCGAACAAGGAUGGUGGAGACAGCGUGGGUGCUGACGCAGAUGCAUCAGGUAGUAAUGCAGAUUCAACCGGUCCAAGCCACAGCAAAGAAGAGGAGGAACGCGAUGUGGAAAUAGAGGACGAGCUUACUGGUGAACUGUUAAGAGGAGAUGCUUACUCUGACUAUGACCUUGAUAUCACGAAAGAAGGCGAAGCAAUAACACAGUAUCUCACACUGCUAAGUUCUGCAAAGUAAGACUAUAAGUAGUCUGUGUGGUCACAACUCUUGUUUAUCAAACCAUGGGAAGUGGGAAUCUCUCUACAGGAGUAGUAUAUAUCUCAUAAAGCUAUUAGGGGUUAUCUGUGUGAAGUUUUUCUUCAUUGAAGAGUAUUUGAGGGAUUUCAGUUUUACACGAUGGACAGUGGGUGUAAGAAUUGCUUUUAGAGUGCCAAAAUUAGCUGUACAUAUAUAUAAUGGUAAAUUAAC